UUCUAUUCUAUGCUCUCUACUCUCUCCUCAAUUCACUUGUCGUAUUCUUCUUCCCUUUCUCACCAUUUUCAUAACCAUGUCAACCUCUAGAACCUCAAACACUUCCCUUAAAGGACAUGAUCAUCAUCACAAUCAAAUCCAAAUAAAUUUAUCUUUACUUCAACGAAACACUUCGGUUUGUGGCGAAAAAAGAGGCAGAAAAAAGCAAGCAGAACCAGGUAAGUUUCUUGGUGUAAGGAGAAGACCUUGGGGUAGAUAUGCUGCUGAAAUUAGAGAUCCUGCAACUAAAGAAAGACAUUGGUUAGGAACAUUUGAUACUGCUCAAGAAGCUGCUUUUGCUUAUGAUAGAGCUGCUCUUUCCAUCAAAGGUAGCAAUGCUAGAACAAAUUUCAUAUAUCCUUCUUCUUCUUCUGAUGAAGAUGAUACCAAUUUUCACAAUGUUGUUGAUCCUCCUUUUGAUGUUCAAAGAACACAACCAAUUACCAAUCAAAAUACCCUCUCUCAGCUUGAUUCUAAUUCUCAUUUGAACAAUGACAAUUUGUUAUUCUCUAAUGAUUAUAAUAACUCAGGCUAUCUUGAAAGCAUUGUUCCUGUUAAUUGCUUCAAACCUAUUUCCAACACCAACAAUUCAAACUUUGAUGAUCAUAGUAGUAAUGCAAGUGAUUCAAGUGAACACCAAAAUGUUGUUGAUUCCAUUUGCACAACAAACUUCAUGCAUGGUCAAUCAUUUUUUGACUACACUCCAUUCUCUCAAGAAGCAUAUAACAUUAACACAAGUAAUUAUAGUGAAGGAUUAUGGGAUUGCAAUUACAAUGAACUUUCAGCUAUUUUUAACCAACCACCAAGGAGUGAAAUUCCAAGCUAUGGACUAAUGACAACUCAAGAUGUCUCUUCAACUACCUAUUCUUCUCAUUCAUACUCUCCUUUCGGCGAUGUCGACAUGGGAAUGGGAUACUCACUCUUCUGAGGACAACGAUCAUCUGCAAACAGUUGUGGAGACUGUUAGAUCUUUUUUGAGCUCUCUUUAUUGAAGUAGCUUUAUUUUUGAAGGGGUGUGUUGAAAAUUUACCUUUUUGUGUACAUUUGCAUUCAAUUAUCUGCAUGCACUUAGUACGUUGUUACGUUGGUCUAAUAUCUAUAAGAAGUUGCAAGUCUUUUUCUUUCUUUUAAUUUGAUUAAUGAAUGAAUUGAAUGAAUUAAACACAUGUUGUGAAUUUUUGUGGUUAUAAGAUGUUGGGGAAAAGAGACAGGACCACUAGUAGACUCAUAGUUCUGUCUCUCACGCAAAGGAAGUUUAUAUGUAUUUGACCAUGUUAUAUGAUACUCAUUUCUGUCUCUAAUCUAUUAUUGUUAUUAUACUACUA